AUGCAAGAGGUGAACAAGAGGGCGGAAUGUUAUAUAAAGGGCGAAGAAAGUAACGCCGAGAAAAGGCAAAGAGACGUUAAGGAAAAGGAAUACGUGGGCCGUGCCACUAGAGCGCCCGAACACCCACGAUCAAAAUCGGGAGGCCAGCAAGGAGACCCGUGGCAGAGGCAUCAUGGGAAGCCCUACCGCCAAUCGCCCAGAAGAGAAUUCAGGAAUCAUCCCGCCAAUGAAGACCUCACGCCAUUAAACGCCUCAAAAGUUUACGUCUUAAAUGAGAUUCUGGCCACUGGUUUGGCAAACCUCCCCCCAAGGAGAACCAGUAACAUCCCCAUGGGGCUGGACGAUAACGCCUGGUGCGCAUAUCACAGGUGUAGAGGUCACUCCACAGAAAAAUGCUUCCGCUUAAGAGAUUUAAUCGAAGAACUGAUAAAAAGCGGACACCUUCGCAAAUUCAUUGACGACGCCGCCCAAGGGCGGGUUGUCGUGCCAAAAGUCCCCCGACAGGAGCCAAGGGACCCUCCUGGGCCAAAUAGAGAACCUCCCAAGGGGAGAAUCUCCGUGAAUACAAUAGCAGGAGGAUUCUCAGGCGGGGGCGAAUCAAGCUCAGCAAGGAAAAGGUAUGUACGCCGAGCUAUCUCGGAAAUAUACCUCGUAAGUCAGCCUCAGCCAUUAAACGUACCAGAUUUGGCAUUCACGGCAAAGGAUGGUUUGGAGGUAGCACCCCAUGACGAUGAUCCAUUAGUGAUACAAGUCCAAAUUUUGAACUGUGAUGUAAAAAGAGUAUUGAUAGAUUCAGGGAGUUCAGCGGAUAUUAUGUACUGGGAAGCUUUCAAGGCCAUGCAAUUAGCAGAAGAACAAUUGCAACCAUACUCCGGAACCCUGGUUGGGUUCUCUGGCGAACAAGUGGACGAAGGCCCGCCUUUAACACGUUAG